ACGGGAAUAAACUUCUAGUAAUUUCCAGUAGGAUCUCCUUACAUAAAACAUGGAAGCUGACUAUCACCAGGGUACCAAUCCAAAGGGCAGCACAGAGCCUUACUGGGUUCAGGACAACUUGGUGCUGUGAACUCGUUGCCCUGGAGACAGGACACCAGAGCUGCAGCCUCCGAACAGGCAGGUGGAGUUUCCGAGCUCCACCUCAGCCUGGCUCCGAGGAUACGCCCCACGUUCGGCUGAGUCUCUGAUUGGGUAGCUCUGCGGAGGUGUGGCCGGAAGAGGCGUGACUAUUGGCAGGCGCGUGUUUUUCCUGGCAACAUGGCGGAGCGCCCGGGGAAGCGUCCCUGUGGCCCGGUAGGUGGCGAACGGAUGGGUUCCGGGGUAGUCCCGGGAGCUGCAGCGUCUCACAGUGGUGUCGGCCUGGGUCUUCUGCUACCUCCUCGCUCCUGGUCCGAGGCCUGAGCUUGUGGGGUUAGUUGAUCCGAUCUACAUUCAUCCGCAGGGCGACGGUGUCCUGAGUCCUCUCCUGGCUUGUUUUCUGAUUUCUAGGGCGGCUUUAUGGACAGACCUGUGUUCCCCUCCCCUCAGUUUCUUCUUUUGCCCCAUGGAAAUUCAUUCCUCAACUUCCUGGUUGCUUACUGUGCCGGACCUGAUCCCAGGCAUUGUGCACAGCGAGUCCCUGGGUACUUCCUCCACCCUGCCUGAUUUUGAGAGAGUCAGAUGGUGGGAGCCUCGCGGGGUUGCACCUCUCUUAUAUGUGGCAGUUCAGCCUCUCAUUCUUCCUCCUUCCUUCCUUCCUUCCUUUCAGGGUGAACACGGCCAAAGGGUUGAAUGGCGAAAAUGGAAGCAGCAGAAGAAAGAGGAGAAAAAAAAGUGGAAGGACCUCAAGAUAAUGAAAAAACUGGAGCGGCAGCGUGCCCAAGAGAAACAGGCUAAGCGCCAAGAGGAGGAGGAAGAGGCGGCUGCCCAGAGGAGCAACCAAGGACGGCCUUACACUCUGAGUGUGGCCCUGCCAGGCUCCAUCCUGGACAACGCCCAGUCACCUGAACUCCGCACCUACCUGGCUGGCCAGAUCGCCAGAGCCUGCGCCAUCUUCUGUGUGGAUGAGAUUGUGGUGUUCGAUGAGGAGGGCCAGGAUACCAAGAGUGUGGAGGGAGAAUUCAGGGGCGUUGGCAAGAAGGGGCAGGCAUGUGUCCAGCUGGCCCGCAUCCUGCAGUACCUGGAGUGUCCACAGUAUCUGAGGAAAGCGUUCUUCCCCAAGCACCAGGAUCUGCAGUUUGCAGGAAUCCUCAACCCGUUGGACAGCCCUCACCACAUGCGUCAGGAUGAAGAAUCUGAGUUCAGAGAAGGCGUCGUGGUGGACCGGCCCACCAAGGCUGGCCACGGCUCUUUGGUCAACUGUGGAAUGAAGAAGGAAGUGAAGAUUGAUAAGAAACUGGACCCUGGACUUCGGGUGACCGUGCGGCUGAACCAGCAGCAGCUCCCAGAAUGCAAGACGUACAAAGGAACAGUCGUGUCGUCACAGGACCCCCGCACCAAAGCUGGUCUCUACUGGGGCUACACUGUCCGGCUGGCCUCCUGCCUCAGUGCUGUGUUUGCCGAGGCUCCCUUCCAGGAUGGGUAUGACCUGACCAUUGGGACAUCAGAACGUGGCUCCAGCGUGGCCUCUACCCAGCUGCCCAACUUCAGGCAUGCUCUUGUGGUGUUCGGAGGCCUCCAAGGGCUAGAAGCUGGAGUGGAUGCUGACCCGAACCUUGAAGUGGCUGACCCCAGUGUCCUCUUCGACUUUUAUGUCAACACAUGCCCUAGCCAGGGCAGUCGUACCAUCCGCACCGAGGAGGCCAUACUCAUCUCACUGGCCGCUCUGCAGCCUGGCCUCACCCAGGGAGGGGCGCGACCCACCUGACAGCCCUCUGGAUCCAGGAUGAGAGGAAGCAGCAAGACAAGGAGGAUCACAGGGAGUAGAGAUGGUCAAGACUUCUCUCCAAAAAUAACUGCCUUUAAUGCGAGCCGUCUCCCAGAGUCUUGAGUGAGUCCUACUCCAUCACUUGCUACCAGCAGUGAUGGCCUUGAGGUUUCCAGCUCGAGCCAGAAUAUUGGGCACGAAGAGCAAUCCCGAGGCCCGCUCGAUGCUCUCGAUGGGCACUAGGAAGCGCUCCAAAGGGAGAGUCUCAUCCACCGGGGCAUUGGGCAUCACAUAGGAACGCAGCUCGAUUUGCCCACUGGCUGCCUCCAGGAUCAACACCUUGAAGAAGUGUGUGGGCACUGCCACGUGGUUCUUCCCAAUAACCUGGUACUUCACAUAGGACUUCCCAUCAGCCUCGGUCCUGUGGAUAGACCCAGGCACAGGUGGCCAAGAGGCCUGGUUAGAUUCAAGGUCACCUCUUCCAGGAAGCCUCCUCUGACCUAACUUCCAACAAGAAGUUUGUUUGUGCCUGAUUCCUCCUUUGGUCUGGGAACUAUGUAUGGUGGGGACCAAUGCUUUUCUGCCCAAUGCUGGUUCAGACAGAAUGGGUGGCAAUAAAUGAAGAUAGAGGAA